GCAGCGGCCGCGCAGAGAAGAGUUCACACAAGUUGUGCGCGGAGCCAGAGUCCGGGUGAGAGAGGAUCUGAGCUCAGAUCAGCCCUGCAGGGAGGAGAAGGUGCAGACCCGAGGACUUAAUGAAGGAGCUUCUCUCUCUGCUGAUCUGCUGACUGCGGUGUGAAGGCGGCCUGAGACCCGGGAGGAUGAGGGUCACAUAACUCUGCAUCUUCUGGAUCCAUUCGCUCAGACUCACCCCCCCAUGAGGAGCGAGUGACCCGGGCUGACUCAGUCCGGAGCUGAAGCCCCCUCGGCCGGACUCAGGGAACCGCGAGGCCCCCGCUGCGGCUCCCUCUGCCGGGAUGGUGCGCCUGCUGAGCUGCCUGCUGCUCGGGUAUCUGACCUGGAACCUGCGGAUAUCGGACGCGCAGGGGGAGUACUGCCACGGCUGGCUGGACGCGAACGGGAACUACCACGAGGGCUUCCAGUGUCCGGAGGACUUUGACACCAUGGACGCGACCGUGUGCUGCGGCUCCUGCUCGCUGCGCUACUGCUGCGCGGCCGCGGACGCACGACUGGACCAGGGCGGCUGCACCAACGACCGGGAGGUGGAGAACACCGAGUUCGCAGCGCAGCCCAUCUACGUCCCCUUCCUGAUGGUGGGAAGCAUCUUCGUCGCCUUCGUCGUGGUCGGCUCUCUGGUGGCCGUCUACUGCUGCACCUGCCUGCGGCCCAAGCAGCCGACCCAGCAGCCCAUCCGCUUCUCCCUGCGCAGCUGCCAGGGCGAGACCAUCCCCAUGAUCCUCACCACGGCCCCGCCCAGCCUGCGGGCCCCGUCGCGACAGUCCAGCACGGCCACCACCAGCUCCAGCUCGGCCGGAGGAGGAAGCUCCAUGCGGAGGUUUUCUCUCGGGGGUCAGGGGGGGCAGCAGCAGCACAGCUGCCUGGUGUCUGCCACCAUGUCCUCGUCAGCCUCCACCCCCACCCAGACCCCUCAGACUCUGCCUCUUCCACCUCCCCCCUACACAUCCCCACCCAUGCAACAUUCGCUGCCCCCCACCCACACCCAGCUGCAGCUCCACCAGACCUCCAUCUCCUCCCACCACUCCCACCCCUCUCACCCCUCCCAGAGCGCCGGGUUCCUGUUGCCGCAGCAGUACUUCUUCCCCCUGCAGCCCGACGCCUUCACAGCGGCCAAGAGCUUCGCUGACUUCGGACAGAGCUGACACGGCUCCCAGGAGGGGAAGUAGAGGGAUUACAAGAUUACUGGACGGUGGGUGUGAGCUGGCGAGGUGAAUACACUGCAGCACAGCUGGCGGCGUCUGGGUUGAGAGCGCGGGCCGAACGGAACGGACAGAGAGCGACAGUGAUGAAGUAGCUGCUGUGGUUUGACACUGAGGCCCGAAGCUCUUCCUGCUCUGCAGCUGCAAAGUUCAACAGACCCAACGAUUCUGAAUCUUAUGCACUUUCAUAUCAUGUUGUAAACAGAUUUCUGUGGUCGACGUUUUAUUUUUUUAUACACAAUGCUUCUCAAGGUGGAAAUGUGAGAGUGAAAUCUUGCCAGUUUCAUCACACACCCUCCUCUGCAGCAGAAGAAGUUCAGGCUCCUCUGACGUGAUUAGAGAUAAUUUCCACUGUACAUGUUGGAAACCAGGGAAUUAGGAUCUUUGACAAUCGCAGACACCUCUGAAGGAGAGGAGCAGAUACACAGCCGUCAUUUGGUCGUGGAGGAAAUGUGGACUUUUAUACAAUGUGGUGCAGGUACAAUUUACAGCUAAAUAAAAUGUUGUCUCUCAGUAGCUCCUGUAAAGAAAA